UUCAUACACCAAAUAUUAUUAUUUUAUCGUACUUUAGGUUCAUUAAUUGAUUAAUUAAUUCAUUGAAAAAGUGAUAUAGGACAAGUUCGACUAGUUGAGACAAAUGGAAACAUAUAUUUCUGUAUGAAAAGUACUUAGGUAUUUGACGUGAUAACGCAAUACAUGCAGAUAUGAGAACGGUCUUUAAUUAGAGGAGUAACCUUAAUUCAUCAGCGAAAUGAAUCUUGAGUGAUGAAAAUAUAAUUUGAAGAGUACUGUUUGUGGGGCCACGGUGCGGAGCUGGGUAAAUCAUUAUUUCACUUGUUAAUUACUUUAUUCAAUCACUCAUUAUUGGUUUUAACUUUAAUGUCAUCAAAUUUGGCAUUUUUGGAUAAUAAUUAAAUUAUGCAAAUUGAGUUAUGAAAGUUUUUCGGUGUGGCACAUAUUUCUCGGCUCUGUCACAGCAAUUAUUCGAGAUAUAUCCAUUUUUAAUGGAAUGGGACGGCAAAUACUGGAACGGUGUACUCCUGGAGGAUGUGGAUGACGAGGGAGAGUUGAACUAUCCAGAUUGGAAAUCUGACUUGUCCAUAGAACAACUUCCAACUGAGUGUAUUCUGGAGAUAUUCUCUUAUCUCUCUGUUCCUGAGAAAUUUAUCCUGGAAGAUGUUUGUCACCGCUGGAAGGAAAUAUCUGAAAGCGGCUGGUCAGAGGUGAAGAGACUGUUCAUAAGGUCGACAUGUCCUCGUUUCACCACCGCCGAGAUCGAGAUAAUCUUUAGGCGAUGUGGGAGGUUCCUGAAGUCCCUGAGGAUCGAUCUCGAGGACGAGAGAACCAACUGUUUGCAUUUGAUCCAGAAGCACUGCAGAAGUAUCAGGGAAUUCGAGAUAGACUUCGUGCAGGUCAACUGGCGGCCAAUCAUGUGCCUCUAUUAUGCAGAUUAUUUCUCAAAAAUUUAUGAGACCUGCAGGGAUCUCCGAUCCAUAACGAUACUGUCUAUAAAGUCCACUUUCACUGAUACUUACGUCACGAAUUUGAGAUAUGAGAUCGUGGAGACGAUUCAUCUGACUGUUGGGGCUCAUAACGUUCAUUUUUCUCUGAAUCUGUCAAGAUUUCGAAAUCUGCGUUGCUUGAAUCUCGAACGAUUCAUAAUUGACGAGAAUCGUCUGGUUGGAUUCGACCAGUUGCAAAAACUGGAGGAAUUGUAUUUUUCAUUCUGCAAUAUUCACAUAAGCCACAUUAAAAAAAUUAAGAAAUUCAAGAACUUGGAGAAGUUGUGGCUGAACGGGGCGAUCAGCGAGAUUCGUGACGAUCAUAUUACCAAUAUUGUCCAUUACUGCCGAAAAUUGAAAGUUCUCAAUGUGGAUGGUCUGCGUGGAUUGACAGAUCGCUGCUUCAUAGACAUAUCAAAGCUGCCAGCUCUCGAGGAGUUACACAUGAUGAGCCUCUCUCGAGUGUCCGAUUACGCAAUAGCAAAUAUGCGGACGUUGAAGACUCUGAGUUGCCCCCAGUGCCCUGGAAUCGGUAACGACGGAUUGAAACGAUUAAUUCGAUGCGCCCCAAGUCUGCAAUUUCUAUCUGCACGGCGAACCUCGGUCACCAAGAAUUUUCUCGCUGACGCAAAUGAAGCGAUUCAAUCUCGGCAGAAUAAUGUACAGUUAUUUCUGGAUCUCGGGCCUGAGGCUUACACCUGGCAAUUGCCCAUGAAUUUCUCACCUCUGUUGAUUCUGGAGGGAAGCGCGAAGUAGCACGGGCAAUUAUUUGGCUUUUAUAAUUGGAAAUUCGAUCGGAGAUAAAGAGAUUUUUUUGAAAAUAACUUUUUUGUAUUCGUCUGAAAAAAUGAUCUGAUUUUUCGUCUGAAAAAAGUGGAAAAAAAAUUAAUGACAAGUACUGAUGUCAUUGUCAUUACCUGAAAUGUGAAUUACCCAACAACGAGCGACCGAUAUAGUAAUGGAUGAUUGAGAAUUGGAAUUUGGAACUGUUUUUGAAGAAGGAAUGAUUCCUAACUAAUUUGAAGAGAGAAGUACGGCAUUUUUUUGCAGUUUCAUUAGUAUUUGAUUGGCCAGGAGGACAGAG